AUGAAGCACUUCAGGUACGCUAAGGGCUUCAAUGCCAUUCUUUCCCGCCGGAUGGAGGCAAUCGACCGUCUAACAGUGAGCAGUAUUGGAAACUUUCUCGACAACGAAAGCCUUCAUCAAAUCCUUCAGAGGGUGGCAGACCUCCCGGCUCUCCAAGAGUUGAAAGUGUGGUGUAGUCAACCGGUUGCCUGGAGACACGAUUGGAACUUCCAAAAUCUUCGUUAUCUGGCGAUUAAAGGCUUCGGGUGCGAGCGAGGAACUUUGAAUCUUCCAAGCUUUCCUACUCUUCUAGACCUUCGGAUCUCCUUUGGCGAAGCAAAUGAAUUGCCUGAUCCGAUGGAAUUUCGCGCCUUCGUGGAUUUGUCUCGUCUGCCCUGUCUCACAUCCCUCGAAAUUAAAGGGGUUAUUGAUGCAAAGAUUGACGACCGGCUAACUUUUCGUGGUGUUACAAAGUCGUUACGAAGGUUCACCGCCAAAUACAUGAACGGCUGGACAUUCUGGGAUGCUUGGAAAUGUAUGAAUGGGAGUCUCGAAGAAAUACGACUUCAAACUUCAAGGGAGAGCGGCCGUCCUUCCACAGAGCUGAAUUUCCCACGCCUAAAGACGCUCGAACUGGAAAACUCCUUGGACUGUCUUCCUCUUCGUAAUAUCGGAUUGCCGGUCUUGACCCAGAUCGACCUCAAAUUGGGCCCUGGGGACUUUUACGAUCUUCAACACCAUCUAUCGUCGUCAAUUUCAGUGUUACAGAAGCUACCAAUCAGCCUUAACCUCAUGCAUGAUGAGAUUUGUUUUGAUAAUUAUUGGCCAACAUUAUUGGAUAGCCAAGACCUAGAAACCCUCGCCCAGCUGAUAUCUCUGUCGAACGUAAGGCUUGGGGAAGACGGAAACACGAUUCUGGACAUGUUGUCGUCCUGGAUCGUAAAUUCGGAGCUGCCUGAUCUAUAA